UGUCAUCAGCAUGGCCGCCUUUACCAUUGUGAUGUCAUCAACAUGGCCGCUUUUACCAUUGUGAUGUCAUCACCAUGACAACCUUUACCAGCUGUAGUUGUUUACACACUGCUUUCAAGUCAUUUUGAGUCUAGCAGCCGAAGUGGAAGGAGCUUGCUCCCAAUACUCUUGCUGCAAAACUUGAUUUUUUUUAAACUUCUUUUUUUUCUUUUUUUCAACCAACUUUUUCUUUCUUUUUUUUAACCAAUCAUGCCUGAACACAAUCAAUCUUCAUUUAGAUUACAAUCUAUGUCCCAAUUUAUAUCUGAAAAUUAUAUCCUGUUCCUGUUAUUGGGCUAUUUUUUAGGAUCUAUUCACUUUAAAAUAGGAUAUGUUAUCAUAGGAAUCCUGAUAUGGAAGCGCUAUAGGUAUUGGAAGACAAGCAGGUGCCCUUCUGGAAUGAAAACAGAGGAUAAUCCCAAGGACCAGAAACAAACUCCACAAAAACCCAUACGUGAACACUUUGAGAGAAACAAGUCCCUGAAUGUGAUUGUGGAGAGUAUGUGGCCUUAUGUUACCACAGUUUUGGAAAAUACGCUUAGACAGAAGAUUCAGCCGAAAAUCCGCUGCGUCAGCAAAUAUCUCUCCUCUUUCCGCUUCAUAAAUGUUGAUUUUGGAAAGAAGGCCCCACAGGUCACUGCUUUGAGAGCCCACGCGGACCCAGAGAAGAAGCAGAUCAUGUUGGAUCUGGAAAUAAGUUAUAAUACAGAAGUGAAGGUGGAUAUCGGAUUUACUGAAGGAACCGCCAUAGCUGGAGUGAAAUCUGUCAAACUGGAGGGAACCUUGAGAAUUAUUCUCGCACCAUUAAUGGAAGAAGUGCCCUUAGUUGGAUCCCUUACCUUCUAUUUCCCUCAUCGACCGGUAUUGGAACUACGUUGGACAGGACUCUCCCACCUGCUUAACAUUCCUGGACUUCAUACAAUGUCAGACAAAAAGAUUGUUGAUAAAAUUGCGCACUUCUUGGUUUCACCGAAUCACUUGUCCCAGCCUUUAACAUCCAAAUUUGAUGUGAAUGAGCUGCACUUCAUAGAGCCCAAGAACGUACUUCGUGUCCAUGUGAUAGAAGCCAAAAACCUUAUCGCCAAAGACAUUUUGAUGAAGUCGUCGGACCCGUAUGUUGUCAUACACGGAGGAAAAACGAUAGAAAAAACGAGGAUUAUACAUAAGAACUUGAACCCACAGUGGAAUGAGCCAUUUGAGAUAUUAUAUUCUGACCUUCCAGGACAAGAGAUCGAAUUUCAUCUCUUUCACAAAAAUAGGGCGAUACAUCAUAGGGAGAUAGAUCAGUCUUUGGGCAAGUGUACAAUCAGUACUGACGAAGUCUCAGAGACAAAAUGCCUAGACAAGUGGAUACAAUUGGAGAGUGCAAAGUCUGGACAGCUCCAUAUCAAGAUGGAACGCCUAAAGCUUCUAUCAGACCCAACCAAGCUAGAAGAGGUGCUAAAAGAAAAUAUGCAAACCCAGUUGGAGUGGAAUAAGGAAAUUUCUACAGCUGUUCUAUAUGCUGUUAUUGAAAAAGCAAGGGGUCUACCUAUGAUACAGGUUAGGAAAGACAAACUGAAACCAUUAGCCGUGGUGCACGCUUCUGUUGGAGAUUCUGUAAAGAAAACUGGAAGCAAAGUGAAUAAUGGAGAAGCAGAGUGGAAAAAGAGGUUCCAAUUCUUAAUAAGGAACCCACUUAGUGAGGAACUGAAGCUUAAGGUACUAAAUGAGAGCGGCGCACCCCUUGGAUGUGUUACCGUACCCUUAUCCCGUCUAGUGGCAGCUAUGGACAUGACCAUGGAAGACUGGCUGCCCCUGGAAUUAACAGAACAGAAUUGUGACAUCCGGGUAAAACUUCAACUACGGAUUUUGACCCCUUACUCUAUGAAGCCAGAGCAACAAGAAAGCACCCCUAUCACCCAGAAAAAAACGAAGGCUUCAUUGUCCCGAAAGCGCAAAUCCCGGACCAAAGUCAACAAGCAGUGAAUAUUUAUAACCACGGGUUGAUGAAUCUCUUUGACUGAAUAAAUAAAUGAAUAAACCAAUUGAGCUUGUCAUUAGAACUGAGGUAGUUGAUUGUUUUUUUCUUGGUAAAGUGUGACCUAAGGAAAGGUUCUCAACUUGUCUCAUGGUAAAUAUGGCGCAAACAUCAAAGGCUAUUGUGAUAGUAAACUAGUUAGUAUAGCUAUGGGUUUAUAUCAUUUAUGUUAAAGUAGAGAGGGGUGUGUGUGUGGAUGCUGGAUUUUCAUUUGGAGGGGUUGAACUUGAUGGACUUUGUCUUGUUUCAACCCGAUUUAACUAUAUAACUAUGUAACAAACAAGGUGCUAAAAAGAACAAAAGGAGAGGAGCUGGGAAAUACUGUGUGUGAUUUUGACAUUCUGAGGAUAAGAGCUUGCUUGAGAAAUAGGCCAUAAUUGUGAUGCUAAUUGCGUAACACAUGAUACGACUUCUCCUAUGUGCUGUACCCUGUAUAAGGCAAACAUGGUGCAUACAUUUUCACUGCUCUGCAUUCAAAUAGCAAGACAACUGCCUCUUACGGCUAUAUUUAUAUGAUUAUAUACACACACCGUCUUGCAUUAGGGGGUUAUUUACUAAGGUUUUUCUUGUAUUUACGAAAAAAUAUAUGGCUCUGUGGGGCGAGUACUUUUUUUGUAGCUUUACUCCAUAUAAAAUGCUGUAAAUGUGUUGAUUUUGCAGGAAUUGCACAACUAAUGGCUCAUGUGGGGUGUCUUCAUCAAACGGUUCAGAGGACUCCUGGUGUUCAUAUUUAGUGUGUUUUACCUUUGUACCUAAUAAUAUGUAGGAGAUAGGAUCAGGGUCGGACUGGGCCAACGGGA